AUGUCUCGAACUUGGCUCGUGAUAAAUUCUUCGAAGCCAUGUUGCUUGACUGAGGAAGUAGCAGACAUCUUCACUAAAGCACUAUCACGAGCCAAGUUCAAGACAUUGCGGGAAAUGCUUGGAGCUCUACUAAGCAAGAUUCUCAACCCAAAAGAAAAAGAUAAUAGUGUAGAAGUUCAAAGAUCGGGUGAGGGACACCCGAGUUUGGUGGAGGAUGGGAAAUGCCAUAAGGAAGCAUUGCCUCGAGCACAAUUUAUUGAAGUGCCACAUGUAAAUCAGCUUUCUUCAUGGGACUGCGGGCUUGCUUGUAUAUCAAUGGCUUUGAGAACUAUUGGCAUUGAAACUAUUGAUGCAUUGGCUGACCUGUGCUAUACAAACAACAUAUGGACAGUUGAUCUGGCAUACCUAUUGCAAAAGUUCUCUGUUAAGUUUUCCUACUACACCGUGACAUUAGGUGCAAAUCCAGGUUACUUAGAUGAAACAUUUUACAAGGACCAGUUGCCCACAGAUGUAGUUCGAGUGAAUAAACUCUUUUGUGAGGUUAUAGAAAUAGGAAUUUCUACACGAUGCAGAUUAAUCAGUGAAGAACAAAUUUCUUUGUUAAUUUUGUCUAGAAAAUAUGUUGCAAUUGCAUUGGUUGAUCAACAUAAAUUAAGUAGAUCGUGGGUAGAGGAUGUUUGUGCUUUUGGCUUGGGGGAUAGUGGGCCUGGCUAUACAGGUCACUACAUUGUGAUAUGCGGGUAUGAUGCAGACGAAGAUGAGUUCAAGAUAAGAGAUCCUGCCAGUUCUAGGAAGCAAGAUAAAGUUACAUCAAGAUGCUUAGGUGAAGCCCGCAAAUCAUUUGGCACAUAUGAGGAUAUUCUUUUGAUAUCCUUGGAAUAGAGCAAGAAGUGCAAUAGCUCUCCUGGAAAACUUCAUUCUGGCGGUCCUUGUAGCUGGAGUAUAAGGGGUGUGAUCAAGUGCACUCGCUAUGCUAAACCCGAUUGUUGAUAAUGAGUAUUACAAUG